AGCACUUUUUGGCUUUUUCUCUAUCAUUCAAAAAUAUUAGAUGAAUAGUUAGAUGAAUAAUUUUUUUUACACAAUCAACACAAACAUCUCUGCUACAAAUGAACACUUAAAGUUUGUUUUUGGGACCAACCGUUAUUAUACAAUUACACCGAAAGUGACAGGAGUGCAAAAAUUUCCCCAUAGGUGGGGUUCAUUGUAACAAACAGAGGGUUUGUUGUAACACCUGCUAGAAAAUUUAGUUUAAACACAAAUAAUUCAAUCAAAUUCUGUCUAUAUACUAAAGGUUGAUAUUGUUUAUAUAUCUGCCUAUAAUAGAUAGAUAUCCACACAUUCAUCCAUCCAUCAUCCUUCAUCUGACCAUCUUUGUAUUAAGCAGCAAUGAAUAAAUAGAUUUGUUUGAAAGGGCAAUAAAAUGAUAAUUGUGAGUUAUUUCCCCUGAUAUUGUAUUAACAGUUAUCAUUUUGAUGAAUAGUAUUUACAAUGUUUUUAUUUCAUUAUCAUUGUAUACCUGAGGUUUAAUUGUAACACUGUGUGACAACUAACCCCGCUGUGUAAAAAUGUUUUCAAUCCCAGCUAUCAGUUACUAGGAGUUGCUGACAUGUUUCAAAAUGGUGUUAUGUUUUAGGUAACCAGACAGUUAUUAAAUAAUAUAAGGUUGGAUUUGGUGACUUACACACCCAAAUCAGAAAAAAAAACAUAAGAUGAAGAAAUUUAAUUCCAUGCCAACAAAACACUCUUUGUUCAAUAUCUUUACCAAAACUGUUCACAAAUUCACAGGAGAUCUUCUGACAGUAAGAGAAAAAGACCAAAAGCACAGAUUGCUCAGCCCUGUAGAAAUAUGUAAAGUAGCUGUGUUACAAUUAACCCUGCUCACCCCGCCAUUAAAAAAAAUUACCAAUUGAUGGUUCAAUAAUAGGUACAAAAGGUACAUAAAAUACUACUGAUAAACACUUUAAAACGCAUGAAAAAUAAAUGUUUUUAAAGUUAAACAGUGCUAUUAAAUUAUUGAAAUAUUUACCUAGAACGUCAGGGUAAUCUUCAAGUAAAUGAUUAAGGUAAGGGGUUGGGUUUGGUUGACAAAAAAGCCUGCCACAAAAGAACCAUUUCUUUUUUUCUGUUUGCUAUAAAGGCUGUAGUGUAGUUCACUGUAACAUAUUAAUAAAAUGAAUGUUAUUGUGAAUGAUUCCAGUCUUAUAUAUGAUUUGUUUUGCCCAUAUGCUAUAGGGAAAUAAAAUUAAAAUAAUGUAAUAAUAAAAAUAAUCUCAUACACUCUUAGAAAGGAUGUGUUAAUUUUUUACACAUCUUUGUGCAUAAGCUUUUAACGCAUUAUGUGUAAUUUUGUGUUAAAAUAUAACACAAGUUGUGUUAAAAGUAACACAAAAUGUGUUGUUUCAAUAAUAACAUGGGUGGAUUCUGGGACAAUGCAUAGAAUCAACACUAAUGUGUUGUUUUUAACACAUUCGUUCUAAGAGUGUAUAUUCAACAUAUAUUCAUUACACAGCUUAGUUGCUGUUAUGAAGUUUUGAAAAAGCUGUGCAGCUGACAUGAGAACAUCUAGCAGUAAAAACGCCUACAAGCACUCGACAAUCUCAAGAGAUAAAUUCAUCGUAUGUGUGUUUCAAAGCAUUUAAUAUACAUGUUAACUGUGGUUUACUUUAUUUUCAUACAUUUAUUAGUUUUAUGUUUCUCUAAAAGAGGUUAAAAAAGAGUGUCUGAUUUCCUCCAUUGCUCCUUAAAAACAUUAAAUCAAGCGUUUAUUUCCACUGCAUUAUAUGUGCAGCCACUGUCUGUCUGUAUGUUUGCACACAUAAUAGAAAUUGAUUUCCAGCUGCACAUUGUGUUUUUAAUGCUGAACUAAAUGAAAAUUAAUUUAUCAUCAUCAUCAUUUUCAUGCUUGUUUUUCUAAAGGGACGUUUCCUUUGCUUUUGUAUACUGAAUGACCUUCAGGUAGAGUCCAGCUUUCAUUGUGCAACAUCCAGCCCUUCACACCAGAAACAUGUGGGCUUCUUUUAUACAACACUGAAAAGCUUUGAGAAAUGAGUCGUGUUGCCAGGGAGAUGUUAUUUGGGAAGAAAGAGGCAGUUUUACACUACUUUCCGCUUGUUGUUUUUUUUAAUUCUCGUCUCUUUACUUUGCUUACAGACGCUGGAAGAAAGCACCAAGAACUGCUUGACGCACUAUAGCGCACACCAGUGAACGGCUCACCGGAGCCGGUGCGGAGAAAUUAUCUGCUGUCAGGACCUGCGCCCGGCUGAUAGGGAGCCGCAGAGCGUGUGGGGGCCACCACAAGGUGAGAGAGACGGCGCCGGGGGGAAGGGAGCGAAAAGUCGGGGACCGACGAUGCCGUCUUCUACCAUGCAGAUGUUCGCAUUCAUACUGGCGGUGCUGGGUGUCGUGAGUGCCACGGUGGCCACUCUGCUACCCAACUGGAAGGUGAGCGCAGAUGUGGGGAACAACAUCAUGACGGCCAUCUCGCAGAUGCAGGGACUCUGGAUGGACUGCACCUGGUACAGCACCGGGGUCUUCAGUUGUUCUCUUAAGUACUCUGUGCUGGCGUUGCCCGCCUACCUGCAGACCGCACGCACUACUAUGGUGCUCUCCUGCAUGACGGCGACAAUGGGACUCUGCCUGGCCGCCCUCGGGCUGAAAUGCACUCGUUGGGGUGGAAGUUAUCGCUCUAAGGGACACACAGCCAUUUCGGCUGGGGCUUGCUUCGUCAUAGCGGGGCUCCUGUGCCUGUUACCCGCGUCUUGGUUUACCAAUGAGGUCAUCACUACAUUUCUGGACUCCAAAGUGCCCAAGAGCAGCAAGUACGAACCGGGUGCCGCGGUGUACGUGGCAUUCGUAUCGGCUGGAUUCCUUUUAGCCGCAGGUGUAAUCUUCUGCCUCUCGUGUCCUGGAAAAAGAGGGGGUCCGCUCGAUACGGGCUCGUCCCACCCCGACAAGCCAAAACAGAAGCUGCGCCAAGAGCAGUCGACCCGCAACCAACAGAAGCAAGAGCAACGGGAACAGCAGAGUCAGACUGAGCCGCAGGAUCGAGAGCAGUCGCAAAGAGAGACACCGAAACAGGAAAAGCUUCAAGCGGACGAUCGUCAGCAAGGCAAGCCAGUGCCAGAGAGGCUGAUCUUGGAGAAGGACAAACAGUACCAGUCUCCAUCUCGAACCCGAAAUCAAGACCCCAAGGCCGUCUACAGUCUCCACGAUUACGUGUAAACAACAAGGCAUGUAGGAGGUUCUCGCUUAUCAGACUGCCUUUCUACUGUUUGUGACCGGCAAAAAGAGGAGGAGAAAAGCAAAGGAACAGCAGGAGGAAUAAUGACUUUGAUGGUGUUAUCAACCCCUCUCAUCCGUGCUUUGCUUAGAGCGAGCAAGGCAUUUCCAAAACCCUGGAAUAGACAAACUGAGGAUUGUGAAUCGACGGGUAAAUGAUUUUUCCGCAAUGACAAGCAAACGACGGAGUGGCUUUAUGAUGCAACAUUUGAGGAAUACCUAGGAUAUAAAACUUCUUAACUUAUUAGAGGGCAUAAAAGAUAGAAUUUUAUUUUUGCCUUACAGUCAUCACCUUGUCCGAAUAACCGGCUAAAUAUUUCGCAACCAUUUUUUUAAAUCAAACUUUUGGUAGCUGGAUCCGUGUGUGAUUGAAUUAACACAGUUAUAUUUCAGCCGCUUGUAGAUUUAUUAUUAGGUGCAUGCUGAUGGUAGAUAAUGGUGUUAACAAUACGGCAAAAGGCUUCAUACAACACUCUGGGGAAUAGUCAAGCCUCCACCCAAGGGAUUCUUUUCACUAUCAGAUGUCCAUUUAAUGGUGUCCUUCAGAAAAGAGAUUUUGACGCGUCCAGUCCAUAUUUUUGAAAGAGUGGUGGUGGUUGGGGGGUGGCGCACAGCACAUCAUCUGAGGUAAUGAUGCUUUUUGCUUUUCCAUUAGGGUUGGCUAUGGUUGGGUGCACACUGCUCAUUUACUGCGAGCAGGCACAGAUACAAACACACACACAUAGGCUCUCCUUCACUCGCCCAUACUCUUGCUAUAAGGCUAAUAGGGUCUCGCACCCAAUCAUCUUGAUGCUGUGCGUCUAUGUGUCAUGCCUGCAGGAAGUGCUGUACUAGGACAAACAGGACGCUGUAACAUGCUGUUCUGGGUCUCCACGAAAAGUUGAACCAAGGUGACACAAAUCUCAACGGUGGCUGUGAUACGACUCCCCGCUGGGCAACAAUUACACCUUUGGUCCACAUCUAUUUUACAUCUAUACAUUUGGCAGACGCUUCAAAGCGAUGUUUAUGCUCUGGGAUUGAACCUAUGACCUUUUGCGCUUUUUUACGCAAUGCUGUGCCGAGUGAGCUACAGAAACAGUCAGCAUUGUGCUUAUUUUUAUUUAGAGUCGAAUAUUAAACAUGUUACUCCAUAAGCAUAUGAAAGAUGUUUGACUCAAGCUAAUAAAGGUGUCAUUGUAACACCGGCGCAGGGCUGAUGUUUGAGGGACAAUGCCCGUCUUUCAUACAAGCACUCUUACUGCACUUUGCCUUUAAUACGCAUGUACAGAUACUGCAACAGAUAUUGGGCGACAGUACGAAUGUAAGAGACAAAGGGUCCAUACAUUUAAUGGACAGAUUUUGCCCUCUUGCUUUAUUGUGUUGCUGUAUAUGUAAACCGGAUACAAACACUUACAGUGGGAUCUAAAACCCUGAGACCACUAUAAAAUGUUAAAAUAUUAAUUUAAAGGAAUACGUUCAUUUAUAAUUAUUUAUGUGAAAGCUAUGGUUUCAUUACCUUGUGAAUUGACAUGGACUUAGUUGAAAUGCAUCAAGGAUGUCUGAUCUUUUGUAAAAAUUAGUCUAUAUGGUCGCAUAAUUUCUUAUAAUUAGUAAGGGAUAGUUUACCCGAAAAUAAAAAUUGUGUCAUCAUUUACUCACCCUCAUGAUGCUACAAACCUGUUUGCAUAUCUUUGUUUUGAUAAACACAAAAGAUGAUAUUUCAUGCUUCCUGUUUGGUUAUAAAUAUCUUCCUUUGCGUUCAGCAGAACAAAGAAAUGUAUACAGAUUUUUAACAUCAUUGGGGUGAGUAGAUGAUACAAUUUUCAUUUUUGGGUGAACUAUUGCUUUAAAAUAGAAUUUUAUAUUUCUCUUAGUCCUAAAUAUUUCUAUAAAAGCAAACAUUUUCAAUGUUGUUUCAGGCAUUUGGAGUCCACUGCACAUAUGCACUGCAAAAAAAUGAAUUUCUUAGUAUAUGUGGGUUUUGUUUUCAGUACAAAUAUCUAAAAUUCACAAAUUAAGAUGCAUUUUCUUGAUGAGCAAAAUUACCUAUAAAAAUAAGUCUAGUUUGUAGACAAAAAACCCAUUAAAUUUAAGUGAAUUUGCAAACAAGCAAAAUAUAAAAAACUAAUAGGAUUAGAAAAAAUCUUAAACCUUUUUCUUUAUAAACACUAAAUUCAAUAA